AUGACGAUGGGGCAAUGGAGGAAUCAGCUUAUUGCUGUUGCUACUGCUGAUGAUGAUGAUGCGCAGGAGGAGGGUGAAGAGGAGGAGGAGGAUGAAGAGGAGGAGGAGGAGAGGGAGGAGGAAGAGGAGGAGGAGGAGAGGGAGGAGGAGAAGGAAGAGGAGGAGGAGGAGGAAGAGGAUGAGGAGGAGAGGGAGGAGGAAGAGGAGGAGGAGGAUGAAGAGGAGGAAGAGGAUGAGGAGGAGAGGGAGGAGAAGGAGGAGGAGGAGGAGAGGGAGGAGAAGGAGGAGGAGGAGGAGAAGGAGGAUGAAGAGGAGGAGGAGGAGAGGGAGGAGAAGGAGGAGGAGAAGGAAGAGGAGGAGGAGGAGGAAGAGGAUGAGGAGGAGAGGGAGGAGGAAGAGGAGGAGGAGGAGAGGGAGGAGAAGGAUGAAGAGGAGGAGGAGGAGAACUGCCGUCCAUUUACAAAAUGUGAAUCGAAAAUGUUUGAUUGA